AUGAAGUUCAAGGUCGCCGAUCAGCCUGAGGCAUCUCAAGAUAGACGUGAACGAGCUUACGUAAACCUAACUCGGACUGUUAGCGAACCUCUCAUCAACAUUCCUUUAUCCUUUAGUCAAUACCGAAACUCAAGCCCAGUAUCUGCAAUUGUUGACACAGGGUCGCAGCUCAAUAUUAUCUCUAAGGAAGUUUGCGAUGAGCUCAUGUUCCUACUAGUUAACAAGGAAGCGCACAUUAGGAUGCAUGAUGCCAAUGGUGGAGAAGGAGAACUCAUCGGACUCAUUGAAGAUAUCCAGUUGCAGUUUGGAGGAAUAACCACUUGGACCAGUCUUUAUAUUGGCGAGAAUCUUCCAUUCUCAAUGUUGCUAGGACGUCCCUGGCAGAGAGGCAAUUUUGUGGGAAUUGAUGAGAGGAAGGAUGGAACCUAUCUGCAAUUUAAAGAUCUAGAUAAUCUAGAUGUAGUCCAGUUCGAAGCUAAGGUUGCUGACGCUGAAGGAAGAGAGAUGGGAAAUGGGAAUGAGGAGCGUCCCUCCUGGAUUAGGCAUCGGUUUCCUAUUUCCGAGAGCUUCCAGAUCUACACAGCCUCGCUUGGUAAUACUUUGGACCUGAUAAGGAAGCCGGAAAUCAGGUCAUUUGAUUGGGAUCAUCCUGAAAGUCACUUGUGGAACCCGGGCCAGAGCCAAAUCAGUCAUCAGGAACAUUGGAAAAGGCUCCAGGCAGCAGCUGGACUCCUCCAGCUGAGUCAGACAUCAGUCAUCAGAAGCGCAGAAGAAUCACAUGCUGAUGGUAACCCGGAGACAUGGUCCUGUCUAGAUCUGUCAAAAGAUCUCCCAAGAAGAUUCCCAAGGGAAUCGGAAAAUUCCGAUAAAAAAGAAGCGCCGAGUUUACUACCCUGCUUGGCAUCACCUACUGAGAAAACCCAGUUCUCUGCAGUCUUGCAAAAAAGGAAAGGAAAACACAUGGAUAGCAUGAGCAAGCUGACUCGGAGACUUGAAGAAAUGUCUCUAGAAAGGAGGAGAAACAUCCAAGGAAAAGGUAUAAAAAGGAGGAGGAUUGAGCAGGGAAAGGAUCAUCAAAUCACAUUCUCAAUGCCUUCGGAGAGUGCAAGCUCUAAUUUUCAUCUAGCCUUCCGAGAACUGAUUGAGCGACCUUCUUCUCAACUCCCAUUGGCUUUUGAGGUCCACCCACACGCCACCCUUCUUGAUAUUUGUGAGCGGGCUCGGCAAGAAGACAUCCGGCUUAGUCAUGAUGGGGAGACCUAUGACAUCGUCUUGUCCGGCCGGGGAGCUGAGCUUGGAUCUGGCUUCGAGCAGGGCAAGCAUUUUCAUGAUCACGUUCUCCUCACUUCUGCUUCGGUUUCUCAAAUCUCUGGCAGCACUGCUCCUCCUGGUGUGGAGUAUGGGGUGUCAUUCAUUCGAACCUAUCGGCUCCCAGUGCCAAGUAGCAGCCAAAACAUCCCCUACCUGCUUUUCGGCGGCGCCGCUGGAGGAUCCGAUUCUGAAGCUGCGGGCCCCAGGCCAGGCAACCGAACCAAUCCGGCGCUGGAUGCGCAUCGUCUCCUUUCCCUUCCUGCUUCACUGGCGACGCCUCUCGACAACUCCAGUACUCUGCUCACCCAAUCCUUGUCACGCCUCCACGACUUCAUUACAGCCGCCAACGCGCAGCCUGCGCCAGCCCGUCCAGAUGAUCCGCGGAAGGCUGGAAUCAUCCGAAGGGACCCUAACCCUCCUGACGACAACUACCGACCGCCGCCUCCCGUCUCUCCACUCCCUCAGCUCCGUGUCGAUGAAACGGACCUACAAGCCUAUAAUGGCACUCAAGAGGACUUGGACAGCCGAAGAAACGAAGAGGAUCGAGUCAGAACGAGAGAGGAAGGGGUUGAGGGAACUCAGGGCGCAGGGCACGACGCGCGCGACGCGCAAGCGUCAGGCGGAGCUCCUGUCAUCAAUGAGCGCGAAGCCAACAAUCACAGAGGCAGUGGGAGGCGAAUGGAAAAGCGGCGGAGGGAGCAUGACGAGAACAAUGCCAUGGACGUCGACGGGGAGUACUCACGAGGUGCGCAGGGCAGCGCAGACGCAGCGCGGCUCGACACUAACUGCUCCAGCGCAGAACAUUCGUCAUCAGAGGGCUCAACAGACAAGCAGCCGUCCAAGCGGAUCUGCGGGACGUUCUAUUCGACCACUUUCCCCUUCGGAAUACGAGCAUCCACCCGUAACACCAUUCGUCAGGCAAACGGAGUGCGCGCGCAGCCCGCUACAGAUAAUUCAGGUCCAAGGGACCCCCUCUCGGAACUCGAGCGCCCAGGUUCGCGCGCCUCGUCCAACAACGCCGGCAGUGGCUCACGACCCACGAAUGAACUACCUGUACCCACGCCCGUUAGCUAUGCAGUCGCGCGCAUCGCACAGGCGCACACAGCUGUCAGAGAUGCAGCCCAGGCAGGAGUGGAUGGCCCCACAGACCUUGUGGCAGCCGUUUAUGCUUGUACCGCCGCCGCCGAUGCUUUUCACAGGACUGGGAGCCUCGAUGAGAGCUCCGGGGACUUGCACACCAUUCACGCUUGCGCGCCAACCACCCCCGCACCCUCUGUUGCAUCAUUGACGAAUGAGCAGCAAAGACACUCGCCAUCUCCAUUCCCACGAUACGUUCUGCCGCCAGCCCCGUCCCCAGUCGAUAACGCUACAGUAUUUUAUGUACACGCUAGCCCUCCCAUCAUAGACCCUUUUACAGACCCGCGGUUCAUCGCGCAGCCUGCUCUUGGACCUUUUGAGUAUCAUUCGGACGAGCUCAAGAAGCUAGGGAUAUCCCUAUCCGCGGAGGUUCCUCCACCCCCUGAGAGCUCCUCCAUAGCAUCUUCUCAACGCACUCCACCCAAUCCGCAUGGACCACCACCUCCGCAGCCUCCACCAUCUCCAGAUGACGCAGUGCCGCCGUUAUCGACCCUGCCACUAACCCCACCUCAAUUAUCACUCGGUGCGAGCCUAGCAAGGCCCAUUGAUGUUGAUGAUGAAGAGUCGAGCCACGGAGCGCUGACCCCAGGGGAUUUUGAGGAUGAUGAGGAUGACGAAGAAGGUUCGGGAAGGGUUAGAGAGCCGAUUCCAGGGCCAGACAAUCAGCGGUCUCGUAUACUCUUUCGCGAUGGACCUGUUAUUCACAAUCAUGAUGGCUCACUCGUCUUGACCCAGAAGCCUUCAACACCAGUCUAUGGGGAUAAAUUUCCAUUUCUUUCAACAAUCAUCGAGCGGUUCUGGUCAGGCUCGCACCCCGACACAGGUAGCAUCUUGCCGCGUGCAAGAGUUCUGAUGCCCGGAAUUAUCCCGGUGUGGGCCCACUGGCGAAACCUUACUAUGAGUGUCAUUGUAUCUCUCCGGAGUUUUGUUGAAAGGCAGUACUAUCAUCCCCGACAGUAUGACCACUCUCUCAAGGCUACCUUCGUGGACCCCUCAUUUCAACUUCUCCUCACUUUCGGCAGGCUGGAAUCAAUCACUGCCCUAGACUGGUGUAACCCCUUGAUGUAUUCCGAUGAGUCAUAUUUUAUCUGGGAGGUAUGCUGGCUAUUUGAAAUCCAGGGAAGGCAUGAUUUCGCGAAGGUCUUGCAUAGGUUCACUGACAUCCACUUUGCCGAUGACCUAACCAUCUGCCAUCUUGUUAACAACCACUUUUUUGACCCUUCUCCCGACAAGGCAUGGGCCCGGAACUACUUUCGACGACUCGACCGCGCAGGCGCCAUGGUUGAGGAGCUCCGAGACAGGGAGCGGAGGUACAUGGAGUAA